AUGGGCCGCGAAGAACAAAUUGAGGAGAGGGAAGUCCUCGACUCCAUCUUCCCAGAUGAGAUCCAAGAUAUCUCAGAUACUGAGUACAGGAUCACUAUCGCCCUGGAUAUCCCCGAUGACAAAGCCGAAGAACCACCAAGCAUGGUCCUUACCGUGCGGUACCCCGAAGACUAUCCCGACAAGCCACCUUCCCUCGAGCUUGCGCCUGCCCCAAAUGCGCCGCCCCACGAAUUCAUAAACAUUGCCGAAGAUAGGCUCCAGCUGCUCGAAGGCGUCCAAGAGACAAUUGAGGAGAACCUGGGGAUGGCCAUGAUCUUUACCGUUGUGUCGACGUUGAAGGAUGCCGCGGAGCAACUUGCAGUAGAGCGGAGGGAUGCUGCCAUCAAGGCGCAAGAGGAGGCCGCGCAGGCUGCGGAGCGCGAAGAGAACAAGAAGUUUCAGGGCACUCCUGUCAAUCGCGAAACCUUUUUGAAGUGGAGGAACGACUUUAUGCAGGAGCUGGAAGAGCAGAGGAUCAGGGAGGAGGAUGAAAAGGCGGCCGAGAUGAAGAAGGCGAGGAUAAAGGAGCCCGUCAAGCUCACGGGAAAACAACUCUGGGAGAGGGGCUUGGCUAAGGGUGGUGAUGAGGACUUGGAAGGCGAUGAUGACAUGCCUGUGGAGGAGGUCCAGAAACUUACGGUUUAG